UUUUAUAAGUAGGGACUGCAGUAGCUAGAUCUCAUGUCACAUUUCAAUGAUCCAAACCGUUUAUAUGAUGGGCCUCAAAGCAGAUGGGGGCUGCUUGGAUGUCCUGCUCACAUUUGGGGCUUAUUCAACAGCUAGAGGCAUGGUGAUCUCAAGGCUGUUUAUUAGAUUCUUUUGGUUUGGACUCAGUUCAGUAUUUGUAACAUAUAUCUACAUGAAGGUUCUGGAGGAAAAGAUAACUGGAACUCAGAUUCUUUCUAUUUUUGGAUUUAUAUUCUUGUAUUGGGAGUUUAUACUGGCAUAUGCGUAUUUCUUGCUUUGCUACUUAAAUUCCCAGCUUGUCACACCUUGUCAAAGAUGUCUGAUCAGUGGUCAUUCUUUCAAUUUUUUAAGUGGAUUUAUCAGGCACUUUUAUGACUCAAAAUUUGAUUUUUGA